AUGCUGAAACGGGACUACUUCAAGGCGUUGGUGGAUCUGCAACCGAUGGCUGCCGCAACGGCGGAGGAAUUGACUCGUAUCGUCAACGAAUCGAAGCGCUUAGUGCUUGGGAUGGACAGAUUGCAGGAGCCUGUAUCUUCCUGGGAUACCCCAUUAUCAAGUCUGGUAAGAUACAAGUUCGACGAGCAAACACUAAUGGCUUUCGAACUUAUUGCAGCCGAGCAGAAGACGGAUACCUUUAAGGCAUUGAUGGAGUUUUGUGAGCGGCGCCUCAAGAUUUUGACAAACUCGGUCGUCCACACGCAAAACAGGAUCGAUACGAAGCCGGCAACCAGGGGAACAAAUCAUGAUCAUCAAAUUACUCGAAAGCCUACACAAAGACCGUAUCCAGCUUCAAUGUCCUGUGCAGCUCAGACAGGCAACAUGCUCAGAGGGUGUGUGUUGUGUAAGGCCGAUCAUCAUAUCGCAAGAUGCGAGAGAUUUGCAAAGAUGUCGUUGUCAGAGCGCCAACAGAUUGCGAAGGUUGAGUCUUUGUGCUUCAACUGCUUAGGAAAGGAGCAUCAAGCAAGAUUCUGUAAGGCCCAGUCAAGAUGCGGAAACUGUCAGAAACGACAUCACACCUUAGUAUGCAACAAAACCAAUCCGAUUACCCCGAGAACAGAGAGCAGCAUAAGCGCCAUCACGUACAUACCAGCUCCAGUUGAUUCGCAGCCUUCACAAGAGAAAAUGAUUUGGUUGUCAACGGCUCAGGUGUUGAUUUGCAAUGAUGAAGGUAGAGAAUUUCCAGCUAGAGCGUUGCUAGACCAGGGGUCGCAAUCCAACUUCAUGAGCGAACGGUUGGUACAGCAGUUGAAGCUGAAGAAAAGGCGACUAAAUAAACCUUUGUCCGGCAUCGGAGCAGUUUCGCUAAAGGCAGAGACGAUGGUGGUAGCUACCAUGAAAUCACGAGCGUCAACCUUUGUGUCUCGAGUGAAUUGGUUGGUGCUGCGAAACAUAACAGCCAACUUUCCAGCGCAAACUCGGAAUACGGAGUCCUGGAACAUUCCCCAAGCACUGAUAUUGGCAGAUCCAGCAUUCUUCCGGAGUGAGCGGAUAGACCUUCUGAUUGGUGCAGAGUUAUUUGGCGAGUUGCUCCAACAAGGUCAAUUAAAGUUAGCACCUCACUUGCCAAAGCUCCUGGAGUCCAGCCUUGGUUGGAUUGUAUGCGGCAGGGAAGAACGAGUCUCUGAAGAUGCAGCUGAGGUCGUCUGUUCCUGUUUGGCUGACAACGAUCUUGGGGCAAUAUUUGAGAAGCUGGCUAGCCUGGAAGCGAUACCGGAAGAACGUGUACGGUCCGAGCAAGAUGAGGAAUGUGAAAACCUUUAUCUAAACACAACGAGGCGCACCGAGUCGGGAAGGUAUGUCGUUAACUUGCCCAAGGUAGCCAACUUCGAAGAAAGGCUGAGAGACUCACUUCAACCAGCAUUGAAAAGGUUAGCGGCCAUUGAAAGGCGUAUGAUCAAGGAGCCGAACCUGGGUGCCGCGUACAAGGAAUUUAUGUCCGAAUACAUCAGACUAGGGCAUAUGACAAAGGUGUCAACUUAUGUAGAAGAUAAGAUGGCAGAGGGCACGCCACGGUUUUACCUACCGCACCAUGCAGUUUGGAAGACUGAUGGAUUGACGAAAAAGUGUCGAGUGGUGUUCGAUGCAUCAUGCCGUUGUGGUACCGGGCUAAGCUUAAACGACAUUUUGUUGACUGGACCGCGAUUACAAGAUGACAUAGAAGUCAUUCUUCUCAGAUUCAGGAUGAGGCCUGUGGCCUUUGUGGCUGAUGUAGAAAAAAUGUAUCGGCAGGUCUUGGUGGCGGAAGAAGAUAAAAAUCUACAACGAAUAUUAUGGAGAGAAACCGCCAAUGAUCCAGUUGGGGUCUACGUUCUGAAUACGGUAACGUAUGGGACCGCGUGUGCACCCUUCCUAGCAAUCAGGACAUUAUUUAAGAUUUUCGAAGAUGAAGGGCAUCAGUUUCCCAUGGCGUCACGCUGCGCAAAUGAUUUCUAUGUUGACGACAUCUUGUCCGGCGCAGCGACCAUAGAGGAAGCGGGAAACAUGGUAAAGGAGCUCAGUGAGUUGCUCAGCAUGGGAGGGUUUGGCCUCCGCAAGUGGGCUUCCAAUGAGCCAGAAGCACUUGCAGCAAUCACACCAGAGCACAUCGCGAAGGCAGGAAAUUAUGAGUUUGGGACGGAGCCUACAGGUACGGUGUCCACAUUGGGCUUGUCGUGGAACACAUCGUCGGACGUCUUGAGUGUUCAAGUUAGGCUACCGCCACAGAUCGAAACCCUACGCACGAAACGGCAGGUAUCGGGAUGCCUCGCGAAAGUAUAUGAUCCAUUAGGAUUCCUCGAUCCUGUUAAGAUGAAGGCAAAGCUGAUUUUGCAACGUAUAGUAACUUUGAAGGAUGCCAAGGGAAAACGCUGGGACUGGGACGAUGUGUUACCAGAAGGCUUGUUUGCAGAAUGGAUGGCGUUCUUUCCCCAACUUACGGCACUAUCAAAGAUAGAAGUUCCAAGACCAGUGGUAACGGAUAGCAGUAUGGAAAAACAAGUGCAUAUAUUCUGCGACGCAUCGGAAAGGGGGUAUGGAGCUUGUUGUUACAUCCGUGGUCAGAAAGUUGGCGAAAAGGCGACAGUGAACUUCUUUAUAUCGAAAUCGAAGUUGGUAUCGUUGAAGCAAAAGAUAACGAUCGCUAGAUUGGAGUUAUGUGCAGCGCUCUUGGGCAGCAACUUAUAUCGGUUAGUGAAGAAGGUCCUGCCGGAAGGAGCACCUGCCUUUUUAUGUACGGAUUCCAUGACUGUGUGGCAUUGGGUGAAUUCUCCUCAUGGAAAUUGGAAGACAUUCGUAGCGAAUCGCACAUCAAAGAUCCAGCGGAACGCGGAAGGAGCUCAAUGGAGGCACGUACCGGGAGUCGAGAACCCGGCGGAUCUAGUGUCUAGAGGUGUGGAUCCGGAGGCUCUUAUCGACACCAAGCAAUGGUGGUCGGGGCCAACAUGGCUCUCCUUGGAAGAAGAAUCGUGGCCAGCAUUGCCAAACAAGGCCAAGGCAUUGGAACCUACAGGCGAAGAACGAGCAACAGCGGUACUAGUCUCUUCGCUCGACGAAGAGAACUUUAGUGACCGACUCUACUCCCUGUGCUCCACAUACACGAAGCUGCGCAGAGUGGUGGGAUAUUGUCAGCGAUAUCUCCAUGCUCUAAGGUCGCAGGCAAAACCAAUGUCAGAGGAAAUGGCACCUUUGACCACUGAGGAUUUAAGGAAGGCGGAGUCAACGCUUUGCCGCUUGGCACAGAGGGAGCAGUUGACGGCAGAGCUGGACACGUUGAAGAAAGGAAGGAUGUACAUCAAGGGCGGUCAUAGGAAGGCAGCACCCACAAAGGCAUACAUCGCAGUGUUUGUGUGCUUCGUUACGCGGGCAGUGCAUCUGGAGUUGGUUUCCUCUCUGUCCACGGCAGCCUUCAUAGCGGCACUCCGAAGAUUCGUGUCGAAGCGAGGAUUAGUGGCUGAACUGCACUCCGACAAUGGCACCAACUUCAAGGGAGCCGCCAACGAACUGCGUAAACUCUAUGAUCUGCUUAGUUCCUCUCAAUUUCAGGCAGAG